CGCGUUCGAGAACCCGCGCAGCGUGGUUUUUCUCACAUAACCUCAAAUCGAAUACUAGCCAGGGAAUCAAUCUCAAUCUUUCUAAGCCUGUGAACACAGCGAACUUGAUGUACUCCCCAGCAGAAACUGAGUCGUGUGAAUAUUUCCUUAACAUUGUUUUAAACUUCGUUCUCAUAGCUACAAGUUAUGCUUAGACAUCUAUUGAGGCGUCGAAGCGAGGUAUUUAUCACUGUUAGAAGGUGCGUGGGUAAACGUCAAAUAACCAACAAUGCGGCGUCGAGUUGGGUCGUGGAAAAAAAUAAGAAGAAGACGUUGCUUCAAAAUGUGAGAAAUAAUUGUACCGCAAGUCGUACCGUGGAAUAUGAAUAUGCGAGUAAUACAAAUCAUGGAAUCUUGGAACAAUCGGAUCAAGUUCCCCCAACUUUGGAGGUUUUCGAGAACGCCGAAGAGAAGUAUGCGCACUCAAUUAUGGAGGCAAGAGAAGCUUACGCUGAGAAUCUGGUCCAGCCAUUGCCAGCCUGCACCGAGGAGAUAGCAGAGGAGGAAAUAGAGAAUUACUUGAAUAAGAGCUGGAAGGGGUUACCUAUCGAAGAGAUAGUUUAUGCCUUCAAGAGGAUAUCGUACUACGCCAAGAAAAAUGGCGAGUGUAUCACCGAUGAAAAGUAUUGUAAAUUUAUCAGAUAUUUAAUAGAAAAUUGCAAGAAAUUCACGGACUCUGAACUCAGCGACGUCUUACGAUUCGUCACUCUCUGGCCUCUGAAACACCACAGGCAAGACCGAAGUUUCGAAUCAUUUUACAAAGCUUUGGACAAGGACUGCAUACGUCGAGCUCCAAACUGGUCGCCGAACAAGGCGCUGUAUUUCUGUGACCAUUGGUUCUCCUGGAGACUCCUCAAGUACACGGACUUCUCUUGGUUUAUUAUGAAUAAGAAUAUUCUUAAGCCGAGCAAAUUGACGCCAAUUAAUUUAGUACAAUUUAUGUUCUAUGUUAAUUGUUGUCGAGUACGUCCUGGUAGUAUGUUCAAUCUUGAGUACCAUCUUACGUCUUGCGUCGACGAACUUGAUAUUAGCGAGCUGGCCAUCGUAUCAAUGGGAUUUUUUAAAACCCAAACACCAAUUAGGAACCCUAACUUAUUGGUGAAAAUAAUCGACCGAGUGAUCAAAGAUAUUGAUACCAUCAAUGAAAUUUGCCUAUCAUCUAUCAUGAAAUCCAUAAGGCUCUCAUCUAAUAUUCAGGAAGGGUCUGACAUGAUUAAGAAAUUAAUUUCAUCUACCCUACCGCAAAUACCCAGACUUUCGGUGCAAGCCGUAGUGCACAUUGUUGCAACUUGUGUAUCGCUCCGCCUCUAUCAUACAGAGGUAUUGACUGCUUGUAUGAAAAGGUUUACCGAGACUAAGAACAACGCCAGGCUGAAGGACCUAGAGCGUUUAAUGCUUGGGGCAUCCUGCUUUAAUUUCACUCCUGACAAGUAUCCUGACUUCUAUGAAAGUAUCCUAGAUGAAUUAAGGGAUAGCAGUAGGACGGAAGAAUUAAAGAGAUACAUAAGUUCGUUGGCUAACUGUUUGCAAUACCUUAGUAUUGUGAACGUCUAUCCAAAGGAUUUGAUCACAAUGGUGUUGGACCCUAAUGAUCUUAGGUUGGCAUAUGGGCCAACAGCAUACAGCUUACCAAUUCAAAUAUUAUUUAUUGAUGCAAAUGUUGAAAUAGAAGUCCCAGACUACACAGGCCCAAGACUUGACAUAAAGUCACGAACUAUGAUAACUAAGAAAAAUGUUUCCCGAACGCCAAACAAAGAUACUACAAAGUUGAAUAUUCGAAACAAGCUUACGGUUGAUAUUAUGAAUACUCUUGAGGCAAUCUUUAGCUCGAGUGAAAUGAUGCAUCUAGAUUUGGUGUUACCACAAUUUGUGGAUAGAGAUGUGAUUAUUUGUUUGGAUAAGAAUAAUUCACCACUUCCCGUGAAACAAAUAAUGGGUCAAAUUCCUUUCGGACAAAUCAAAAGAGCACCAAAAAUAUAUCCCGAAGGAUGCAAAUGGCUUGCAGUAGUCGUUUGUACACCUGGUUGCUUCAUUCAGAACACUAAUCUUCUACUUGGCAAAGACCUCACUAAAAUUAGGCUGUUGGAAAAAAUAGGAUACAAGCCAAUUAUUGUAUCAUGGCAUGAAUGGGAUUCGAGACAGCUGAUUCAGAAAAAGUAUUUGGAGCAGAAAAUUCUUGACCAAUAAUUUCUGAAAGUAAGAUGACCUCUCUGCAUCGUAGGAAAAUUGUAAAUUCAGUCUGCAAGUAUGAACAGAACAACACAUUUUAUUUACAACAAAUAUGUUACAUGUAUUAUAAUUAUUUUUGUUAUUAGAUGUGUUUGUGUACACCUAUAAAAAUACGCAAGAUAAUUAUCUUUUCUGUUGAAGAAUAUUGUCAUGUUCCUGUUCUAGGCGUGCAAAGGUGACAAACAGUGUCUAAAAGUCUUUGUAUAACGGUUGUACAAUAUAUAAUCUAUUGUACAGCACGAAUAGAGACAUGGGAUUUACAGGAAAUGACAUUUUUCAGUUGAAACGUGUGAAAAUGCAUGAAAAUGUUCUAACUAAAGACUAAUUCUGUUCCAAUUCUCCCAAAAGAAUUUUCAUCCUAAUAUUCAAUCCGACUUUCGACUACCAUGAAUUGAAGAUUUUCCACUUGUAACUCAGUUCAUAAUUGAAUAAUCCGGAAUCAAUCAUCGAGAUACUUGAGCAUCAAUCCUUUCGAAUAUUCGUAUGUAACAAAUAGUGUUGCGGUAGCGGGUACUGUUCUGAUUAAUGUUGGUUUUAAGCCAUUGUAUAGAGCACCGAUACCUUCGGUUCGAACAACAUCUUUGAGAAUAAUAUACACCGGUUUUCUCAGAUUCUGGACCUGCAUAACAAGACAAAUUAUUAGAAUGUACAGUUCCAAAUAAUUUAACUUGGCUUUAGCCGACGUGGUGAAAUAGGGUGCAGAUGGGUAUAAACCCUUAGCGAAACCCUAAAGAAAGAAAUAAAAAUGCCUAACAAACCUGUAUUCUGCUUUUAAUUACAUCAGCUGGGAAUAUGACAAGCCAAAAUAUUACACCACCGGCAGCUCCAGCUAUCAUUGUAUUAAUCCAGCCAAUAUCCUCUUUAUUUUGUCCUGGUUUUGCAAGCAAUUGUCGCGUCGUUUCAUAACCACCAAAAAAGCAAAAAUAUCCAGGCAUUUCUCUACCAAUGGUAGAUAAAAGGCCCCUAAAUAAGCCCUGAGGACCCUCUGCACGUACAAUUUGUUUUGUCAAUUGCCAGGGUCCAAUAAAAUUCUGUAAAA